UAUCAGGCUUUACCGGCGACCUCAUCGGAGGGCGUCCUUUGUUAAUUCUGGUGAAUGAAAUAAUAUAUUAACCACAUUUCAUUAUAUCAGUGUCUGUCUUUAGCGGCAUCUCAGUUUCAAGGAGAUAUCGCAAAUAGGCGACCCCUCGUCGUGUGGAGAUUAUGACAUAAAGGUUUUGUUGCUCCAGAAUUUGCUAUUGUAAAUAUUAUGGAGCAAAUACCGAAUAACCACAUUAAUCGGGCCCCAGUUGAGCCUCGUAAUCCAGGCUCAAACGGCGUGGAACCACCCAGUCAAAGCCUACCGCGACCGCCUUUGACCAGAACUGAUUCAAGAUCAGCUUUCUCUCCGCAAUCGCUAAGACCAGGUGGACCACAGUUGCAACAAAGACCACAAUUUCAACCAGGUGGACCAGUUACGCCUCCAGUGCAGCUUGGUCCGCGUCCAGGGAACCAAAACCAAAGAGGACCGGUCCCACCUGGAUCACCACAAAUCAGAAACCAAUCUCCAGCAUUGCGACCUGUAAACCAUCAUCCAAAUACAACUUACCAAGGCUCUAGACCUGUGCAAUCCCCUACAUCUGCGUUGCCUACGCAAAGAGGUCCAGUGCCAAAUAACCUUCAAUUUGGUCCGCGUCAACCUCCGCAGUUUAGCAACGUUACUACUCCAGACGGCUCUAGACCUCAAAUAACAUCGCAAACAAACGGUAUCGCAAAGACUGGUGCCACAUUGAGCUCUCCUGUAAACACUCAACUGCCAAGGCAGCCAUCGCAGGGCUCCUUUAAGGGUGUCGAUUCUUCUACCUUGUCUCAAAACAAACCAGUCAACCUGGAGAACCAAACUUCACCCAAUGAAAACCAAAAUGUUACGAAACUUGAUAGCAGCAAUGAAAUACCGGGAGCGACUAAAGCUAGAAGCUUCAGUAUUGCAGCUGCACCGGGAACACCAAGUCCACUCAAAAUGGAUGACGAUCGCAGGAAAUCUGUAAGCUCAGUGGGUGGAAGAUUCGAUGAAUUGACUAGUCGCAGUCCUGGACUUAGUUUGAUUCAAGAAAUGAGGGGUAGUAAAGAUAAUAUGCGCGGUUCCAAGGAAAGUGUGAGAUCUGAAGCAUCAACUGAUGGAGCUAAAGAUGCACCUGAUCGUCCAGAAUCACGUCUUGCAGGUUCUAAAAUGACGGAGUCGCUUAUGGGUUCCUUGUCAAAUUUAUCAUCAAAGAAGAAACCAGACGACGAUGAUGAUGUCGUAUCACAGAACAAUUUGACAUCAAUAAAAACUGAAAAUUUGCAAAAUAAAACUGAUAUGUCUGAUCGUUCUCCAUCUUUAACUAGAAGUGAUGACUCACCAGAGCCGAAGAACGUAUCCCAAAGCUCUGUUUCAUCAAAUAAAUCUCAAAGUAUAACACCAGAACCACAACGUCCAAAUACACCAAAAACUGAUGUUAAACAAGAAUUGAAAACAGAAUUAAUUAAAGACACGAAACCUAACGCAGUAGUACUCAAUAAACCUAUUUCGAAAUCACCUGUUGCACCAGAGUCAAAAUCACCUUUAGAGACUAAGCCUCCUGUCUCUGUAAAUAAGAAACCAACGGAACUGAAAACUUCAGUAACUCCAUCUGAUUCCAAAAAAUCAACACCGCGUAAAGUUGUUUCUGCUCCAAGUUCUAGACCCAAAGAUGGAGAUAACGACAGUGGGGUCGAUGAAUCUACACAAGGAAAUGAUCUCAACGGUUCACCUGGCUCGCCGAAUAAGAAGUUGGCAAGUAAACUUCCAACAAAAGAAAAAUCUAGCAGUAGCUUAAAGCAAAACCUAUCUCGAUCGUCAAGCAAAAGUGCAACAGCUAAAACACCGGAAACUCCACAACCAAAUGAGAAGAAGAAAGUACCAAUGAACAAAGUGCAAGUUGGAAGCGCACCCUCGCCUAACAUAAAGGCAGUUAAAUCAAAGAUCGGUUCUCUAGAUAACACCACGUAUAAGCCAGGUGGCGGAAAAGUAAAGAUAGAAAACAGAAAACUUGAUUUUAACAACGUCACACCUAAAAUUGCUGCAAAAAAUGACGCUUACACACCAAGCGGUGGAGCCAAAAAGAUAACGACUACGAAACUGGAAUGGAAUGCGAAAUCAAAAAUUGGCUCUCUUCAAAAUUCUUCUUAUAAGCCUGGGGGAGGGGAUAAGAAGAUUGAAACCGUGAAGCUGGAUUUCAAAGAAAAAGCGAAGCCAAAGGUGGCAUCCACCAUUAACAUCACUCACAAACCAGGCGGAGGGACUGUAAAGAUUGAAAAUCAAAAAUUGGAUUUCAAAGCACAAAGUAAAGUGGGUUCUCUCGACAACGUUAAACAUAAACCAGGCGGCGGUGAUAUUAAAAUAUUUGACGACAAGGAUUACAUAAAGCAGAUCGGCGGGCACUCUCCUCUUCCCAACAGCCACGGCCAGUCGCGACAGGAGAGUCCAGUUCCGCCGUCUGCCGCAGCGUCAGCUCAGCUUCCGAAAGCAGACGAAAAUUUAAAUGAACAGCCGUGUUAAAGCACACUUCGAUAUAAUACGAUUUUCGAUAUACAAUAUUUAACUAAAAAGUCCAAUAAUUUUUAAAUGUUUUUGUUAUUCAACUAAUUAAAGGUUAUAAUUUUAAUGUACCUACUCAGUUUAGUGAUAAUGUGCGAUCAUUACCUUAUAGAUAUUGAUAUUGUAAUUAUUGCUAAUUACGGAAAAUCAAAAUUUUAUCAUGUCUUUUAGACGUUUUGAUAUAUUUUACUAGGAUUCCUUUAUCUUUACCGAUCACCGCAUGUAUAGAUCGAUUAAUAAGUAAUAGAAACGUAGAUAAGUGCCAAUGAAUAUUGUAUUUAAUGAAUCCUUUAAUUUUUCUGUGUCCAAAUAUAAUCUGCCCGGAUAGUUAUCGUUUUUAAGUAUUUUUGUUGAUUUGAUAAUUAUGCUAUGACGUUACAUAUGUCUGUGAUUUAUUAAUUUAUUGUUUCUACAAAAUUUCUUGAUUUUAUUAGCAAUAAAUAACAAAUACUUAAAAUAUUGUCACUAAAAAGCACUUUUGAUGUUUUGUGUGAAGUAGAAUCACUGUUUUUUAUUAAGGCGAAAUGUAGUAUGGUAUAUAAAUGAAAAAUUGGUGUUUCUCUACAUACUUAGACGAUUUGUUAUAACAUAAUAUGUGGUGAUUUACAAGUAUAUAACGUAAAGGUUACCUUGCAUACCGGGUGUGUCGUAGGCUUGUACGUACGGACAGAGUAGGUAUAUUUGGAGUGUUUCAUAAAAUGGGCAAAGUUCUCGACUCAGCAGCGCUUAUUGCAAUUCACGCGUAAUCAUAGUCUGACCUUAAUUAUUUUCAUUGUAUAAACUCGCUACAAAAAUAUACACUAUUUAGAACUAUAUUUUAAAUUUGUAAUGCUGGGACGAGAACUGAUCGGGUUAGCGAUUGACUGAACAAAAUUAUUCUUAGAAUAUAUAAUAUUUUAUAUGUGACUACUGUUGUUAUAAGGACUAAUUAGAUUUAGAUAGCGGUAUUAAUCUGAUGCUGAUGCUUUAGUCACAUUUAUUUGCAUUGACACUGUAACAUUAAGGUAGUUGCUGCAUUUGAUUAAAUUAAGUUUUUGAUAUUUAAUAAUUUAUAUGUAUAGGGCCAUUCAAUUUCAUAAUAUUUAAUUAUUACCCUGAUAAUUGUUUAGAAUUCUUAUGUAAUAAAUUAAGAUUUGAAAGUUUACAAUUUUCAACAUUCAUAAUUAUGAUACCUUAUUAUAUAUGAUACCAAUAUCGUACACAUAAUUAUUAUUCAAAUUUAUAACAACAUGCAAUCAUUUUGUGAAUUAUAAAGGGAAUAAUAAAUUGAUAAUCCUAAUUUUAAUACAAGUUAACGUCUCAAUUCGUGUUUUAUUUAUUCGUGUUUAGAAUUAGUUUUAGAUAAUAAAGUAUCAAUUCAUUUAGUACAAUCACAAAUCAUAUUAGUCUUUCAAAAAUAAUUGAUCACAUAAUGCACAAGCACAGAAAUUAUGGAACCUUCCUCCUUCAAGAACUUCGGACAAUUAUUACAUGUCAAUACAAGAAUGGGCCGAGAAGGAACGUCCGCUGUCCCGCAGCAGGUCGGCGCGCUUC